AUGGCAGAGGUCACAUGUUUUAUGGAAAUAAAAUAUGGUUUCCACAAGAAUAGGGACUUUGAUAUUGGUGGUUUCUUCCCAAUCUUUAGAUAUAGCACGGAUACACCAAAUUUUUCUGUUAUUUCAAGUACAAGGAAUCAUUUUGGAGAGUUGAUGUAUGAAUACUAUGAAUAUGUUUUGGCUUUCAUCUUUGCCAUUGAGGAAAUCAACAGAAACCCACUUCUCUUACCCAAUGUGUCUCUGGGAUAUCAGGUCUAUAAUUCCUACCACAGUGACCAGAGAACCAUGAUGGGGCCUCUGCUUUGGUUGUCAGGAGGGAGAGAGGACAUUCCAAAUUUCAACUGUGAGAGACAGAGCAGAACUGUGGCAGUGAUUGAAGGAAUUUCAACACCAUUUGUUCAGCAGUUGGGGACAUUACUGGAACUCUAUAACUUUCCACAGGUCAGCUAUGGUAUGUUUGACCCUUCACUGGAUGACAAAAGGCAGUUUCCAUCUCUGUACCAAAUGGAUUCUGAGGAAUCAUUGUUACCCUAUGGGAUAGUAAAAUUAUUAGUGUAUUUCAGAUGGACUUGGGUUGGACUACUUGUUUCAGAUGACUGGAAUGGUGAGCGUUUCACUGGGAAAAUGAAUGUGGAAAUGUCCAAAGAAGAUAUCUGUAUAGCCUGCAUAGAAGUUUCUUCCCUUGAGAUGAUAAAUUCAGUCAAGAAAAUCUGGGCCACCAUUACUGACUGCUCAGUCAAUGUGACUGUUGUCUAUGGGGACAGUAAACCACUAUUAUUAUUGAAGUAUAUGCAAAAGGAACAUCAAGUAAUUGGGAAAGUGUGGAUCAUUAGUUCACGGUGGAGUUUCACCAAAAGGGAAAGUUUUAUACUUGAUAGUUUCCACGGGACUCUAUUAUUUUCAAAGCAAAAGAGUGAGAUUCCUGGUUUUAAACAUUUUCUUCAAACAGUUAACCCUUUAAAAUAUCCAGAAGAUAUUUUCCUUAGUAGACUUUGGCCUUUUAUGUUUGGUUGUUCCUUUUCUGAGUUUGAUUGUAUAACAUUAGAAAAAUGUCCACUAAAUUCUUCUUUGACUAUUUUUUUUCGUAAUGCUGACAUAAGCAUGCAAGCUCUCGCUAAGUUUGUUUAUGAUGCUGUGUACUCUGUAGCCUACUCCCUCCACAAGCUGCUUCACCAAAGAACACCAGAGGGAUCUAAGGAUAAUGCAAAUACCCUGAUACUUCAUCCCUGGCAGAAAUUCCAAGAAGAUUUGCUCAAACAGGAAGCAGAACAAAGAGAACAACUCCACCAAGCUCUGAGAACCACUCAAUUUACCAACAGUGCUGGUGACCAUGUGACUAAGGAUGAAAAUAGAAAUUCUACUGUACAAUAUGACAUUCUGAACCUUUGUAAUUUUCCAUUGGGUCUCGAAAAGAUAGUGAAAGUGGGAAAAUUUGUCCCGAGGGCUCCAGAUGGUCAAGAGAUCACCAUCCAUGAAGAAAUAAUAGAGUGGGCCAUCGAGUAUGAUGAGGUUCCAAUGUCUGUAUGCAGUCAGAGUUGUGGCCCAGGAUUUAGGAAAAUCCCACAGAACAUCAAAGCCACAUGCUGUUUUGACUGUGUCAAGUGUGCAGAAAAUGAGAUUUCCAAUAAGACAGAUGCCCUUGAAUGUAUGAAAUGUCCAGAUAACCAGUAUCCAAACAGUAGGAAAGAUCACUGCCUCCCUAAGACUGUAACCUUCCUGGCUUUGGAGGAUCCACUCGGGACAGCAUUGGCCACAAUUGCCAUUUCCUUUUCUGCUCUCACAGCUCUGGUUCUUGCAGUCUUUGUGAAGUACAGACACACCCCCAUAGUGAAGGCCAAUAACAAGACUCUCAGCUACAUUCUUCUCAUCUCCCUCCUCCUGUGUUUCCUCUGCUCCUUCCUCUUCAUUGGGCAUCCCAACACAGCCACCUGCAUCCUCAGACAAAUCCUAUUUGGAGUGGUGUUUACUGUGGUGGUUUCAACCAUUUUGGCAAAGACUAUCACUGUGCUGAUGGCCUUCAGGAGCAUAACACCAGGCAGGAAAGCAAACUGGUUUUGGAGGUCAGGAAUAUCCAGCUCAGUCAUCUGCACUUGUUUUUUUAUCCAAGUAACUCUCUCUGGCAUUUGGCUUGGAGUCUCUCCUCCAUUCAUUGAUAUUGACACGCACAGUGAGUAUGGCUUCCUCAUCAUUGAGUGCAAUAAGGGCUCAGUCACUGCCUUCUACUGUGCCCUGGGAUUCAUGGGAUUCUUGGCCCUGGUGAGCUUCAUCUUAGCUUUCCUGGCCAGGAACCUGCCUGACACCUUCAAUGAAGCCAAGUUCUUGACAUUCAGCAUGCUGAUGUUCUGCAGUGUCUGGCUUACCUUCCUCCCUGUGUACCACAGCACCAAGGGCAAGGUCAUGGUGGCUGUGGAGGUAUUCUCCAUCCUGACAUCCAGUGCCGGCAUAUUACUUUGCAUCUUUGCCCCCAAAUGCUAUAUAAUUCUAGUAAGACCUGACAAGAACACUUUGGCUGUCUUAAAGAAGAAUAAGUUUCUGCACCUGUGA